AUGCAACUGAUGGAGGAUCAAGCAGAGAUGGUCGCCAUCAGUCCACCCAGCAACCAGCACGAGGAAGUGCAGAGAAAGAAGUUGUUCAUCUCCUACAGCAUGGACCCUUACCCGGUUGGAACCCGCUCAGACAGAGAACGUAGAGAUGAUCGGCGCACACAAAGGAGGAGGGUUAGGGCCCUAGCUGACAAACUACGCCAGUAUGGUGUGGAUGCGUGGAUCGAUCAGUACCAGGAAUAUAUUCCUCCAGACAGUUGGACAAACUGGAUGGAAAAACAAAUUACUAAAGCAGAUUAUGUACUGAUGAUCUGCAGUCCACAUUAUCUGGAAUGUGUCACGGGCGAGAAGAAUGAGGUAGCAGUCUUUGGUCAUGGUGUCCGCUUUGAAGGAAAGGUUAUCUAUGGUCAAAUUGCCAACGGUAGAAACCUUAACAAGUUCAUUCCUGUUUUCUUUGAUAAGAUCAAUCUGAACCAUGUUCCGCAAUUCCUCAGGGGAGCACACAUGUAUGGGCCAAUAGAAGACCCUCCCGAGUAUGGGAAAGAGAAAUUCGACAGACUGUUGUUCAAAUUGUUGGGUAAACAACCAGCCAACACACUACCUCAACGACUAGGCCGUCCUCCAUUCCAAUAGUGACA